AGUUUUCAAAACAAGACUCUGCUUGCCGCUUGUAGGCUGCACUUGCAUCUAAACGAAAACUUAAGGCAGAAUUGAAACCUGGUGAUUCGGAAGACUGUGUCUAUACUAGUGUUUCGUGUGAUUUUGAUUUUUCUCUGAUAUAUUUUCUGCCUUUUCGAUAAAACGUGACGAAAAAAUGGACACCCUUCGCGAGCAGGUGAUGAUCAAUCAGUUUGUGCUGGCUGCAGGUUGUGCCAGGGAGCAAGCGAAACAGUUGCUACAAGCGGCUCAUUGGCAAUUCGAAACUGCUCUUAGUAUUUUCUUUCAAGAAGCUGCGAUACCUCCCUGUGCACAAGGACCUGGUACACAUUUUGGUCAACUAAUCGACAGUGCAUCGAAGAACACAAGAACACAUGUGCAUCUUAUAUUGUUGCUUUCUGUCCACCUGAUAACUCCAUGUAAUACACCGGCUACACCACCAAAUUUCCCUGAUGCACUUUUAGCGUUUUCCAAAAUGUCUGCGGGCGACAAAACUCCUUCGGGAAUGUCGCCAAGUCAAAAUGGAUUGCAUCAGAAUUCGAUGCAGAUUGGGAUGGCGCCGCAACACCAUGGAGGACGGUGUAGUGUAACCGGGAAUGCGCAACAGCAAACACAGAGUCAACAAUUGGGCCUAGGCGAACCGCAGAGAUAAAAGAAACUCGUGAUUCGGCGGCCCGUGUGUAAGAUCCCGAGGUCGCACGAUGUGCAUGUAAACGGUGUUUAAAACAGGAAGCAUGGUUUAUAAAAGAUCGACUGGCUCCCCAGGAUUAUACGCUGUGUAACCACAAGAGCGAUUAUUAGCCGAGAUUCACACGCUCGUAUCUCCUUAUCCCUAGAAAAAGGACGCAAGAUUUUCUGAAAAAUUGUGUGCACGGAGGAAAAUUCAAAUAAUUAUUUAGACGUGCACCUAGAAGAAACGAGAUCUCUCCAUAGAAAAGGGAUCCUCAUCUUUCAUCGACUAUAAUACGGUAUAUAUGGAAUUUCUAGAAUAGGGUACGAUACGAUUCCUCUGUUGUUUAUUCUUGUUAUUCUUUGAUAUAUGUUGUAUAUUGAAAACGCAAGACGAUCGAGCCUGUUGAAACAUCUCGCAAGAAAAAAAAAAAAAAAAAAAGCUCUUGUCUUCUUCCAUUGGAUUAUUCUGAGUGAUACACAUUAAAAAAAAAAGAAAAAAAAAAAAAAAAAAAAAAAAAGAGAAAAGAACACAAGAAAGAGGAAGUUUGCAAAGAGAUUAUUUCUUUUUUCUCUCUCUCCUUUUUAAAAACUGUACUUCUGGGACGGUAGUUCCUAUGGUUAUGAAAGACAGCGAUACUCUCCUUAGCGUUUAUGAAAUUAGUAUGCGUCCAGAAAUGCCGCUUGUUGUAAAUGAGUAGCGAGAAGCCUCCUCCACCGUCCCGGGUAUCUUCCUUGUUGUUUCUCGAUCUACAGAACUCGCGGUUAGAUAGGAAACAUUUGCGGUUCAUGGGACCGCUGAAGUCAAUGAGAAAUCGAAUAUCACUUCCACACCAUAGUACAAAAAAUUGCCGACACUGGAUAGCAUUUAGCGACGAAUUUUAAUUUUUUUUUUUUUUUUUUUUUUUUUUUUUUUUUUUUUUUUUUUUUUCCACAAUUGAGGGACAUAAUCAAUGUAAUUUGAUUUUAGUUAACUACGAGUUGAAAAAUAUUAUCUUACUCGUAUUUCUUGUCAUCUGUUAUUUUUUGAUGACAAUCUUGAUGAUGACUUGAUCCAGUGAUUUUGUAUAAAAAUCUGAUUUUGUCGGCACUGUUUUGUAAUAAUAAUAAUAAUAAAGAUAUAAGUCUAAUAAAAGGCAAAAAAAAAAAAAAAAA